GACGGAUCGCUUUGGCAAGGCGAGGACUGCAGCAACGGCCGAGGAGCCGGCUUCCUCGUCACCAGCCCUUCGCUUUCUUUUUGGCUCGCUCUGCCCCCUUUUCUUUGUCCUUCCUCCUCCUCCUCCUCCUCCUCGGCCGUCUGAACUCCGGUGCUGCGCAGAGGACAGGAGAGGAGAGGAGCGCCUCCUGGGACCCCGAGCCGGUGCCCAAAUUCCCCUGCUGGCGUACAGAGACGACCGAGAGGGGGCGGAGAGAGAGGGAGGGAGCGAUUGAGCGAGCGAGUGAGCGAGCGAUCCUCCCUCCUUUGGAGCCCCCCUUUGUCGCCUGCCCACCCACCCCUUCCCUUCAGUCUUGAGAGACCUCCUCCAAGAAAUGGCCACGAAGAUCGACAAAGAGGCGUGCAGGGAGGCGUACAACCUCGUGCGAGACGAUGCCACGGAGGUGAACUGGGUGUCCUUCAGGUAUGACGGUUCCACCAUCGUUCCCGGGCACCACGGAGUGGAUUACGAAGAGUUCAUCAGGCAGUGCACAGAUGACAUUCGGUUGUUUGGCUUUGUCCGAUUCACCACUGGAGACACCAUGAGCAAGCGGGUCAAGUUUGCCCUGAUUACAUGGAUUGGAGAGAGCGUCAGCGGUCUUCAGAGAGCCAAGACGGGGACUGACAAGACACUGGUGAAAGAAGUAGUUCAGAAUUUUGCCAAAGAGUUUGUGAUCAGCGACCACAAGGAACUGGACGAAGACUACAUCAAGGGCGAGCUGAAGAAAGCCGGGGGCGCAAAUUACGACGCGCAGGCAGAGUGAACACGAGACGCGCAGUGCCUCCUGCCUGGAUCAGAAGGGAGGGAGGGGGAAAGCACAACUGAUCUUCGAAAGCCAAACUGGGAGGUGUGCGGAGGAGAACGAGAGGACGGUGCUGCCUUGCGUUGUGCGCCUUCGAAGUCCCUCCUGUCUCUCCAAGCGGACUUGGGUUUCUCAUUUCACCUAAUGAAACUUCUCCUUCCUCUCUGAUCUCUUCCCCGACUUCUUUUUCCUUUGCUUUCCCUUUUCUAGAUUGUUGUCUUUCUCUUUUAACAAAUGUGACUUGGGUACUUCCUCCCUAGCGUGGGGACAAUGAGGCGGUGCAUUCAGUGUACAGUGUGUUGCCGUUUUCUGUUGCCGUUUCGAUCUUUCUCCUGGCAGAUCUGUGGUUGGCUGGCACAGCCAGGUGCUCUGGCUUAGAGAUAAAAUGCGUUUUUUAUUAUCAUUUCUAAUGAAUUCGCACUUCCACUUGCUCCAACGGCCUUUCAGAGGUGCUCCCAGGGGUCAUGCACACCAGAGUGAGUUAGAUCCACCCAGUCUUUCCUCGGAAGUAAAUCUCUUCACCAUCAACAGAAUUUCCCCAGUGGCUCCUCGACACUGCAUCCCCUGGGAAGUAAAGGAAUCCUCUUGCAAGGAAAGAGGUGGAGGAGGGCUUCCAAAAUCGGGUGCCCAGCCUCGUGGGUCCCCACCCAAGCCUGGGUACCUUUACCUAGUGCUAUGGUUCACUGAACCCAGUGGGGAUUCAGCAGCAGCCAAGCAGAUGUCCACGCCCAGUCUUAGAGCAAGAUGCUAAGACGCUCGCUGCUCCAAAGCAACUUCCCGUGAGUAAUAGGAAGUUGCUCAAUUGCUCUGAAUGUGCAUAGGAUCGCAGCCACGGGAAGGAACCUUCUGCCUGCCCUUUGCCAGCAAGCCCCGCUGGAUGUAAAUCUCCAUCAGAUCGCGCAGAGGCGGUGAGCACCGCCUGAGGACUGGGAGGCCUCCAGAGAGCUGUGCUGCCUUCCCCUGGCCCCCCACCCGCUUUCCUGGGCUUGUGCAGCUCUUCCUCCGUGCUAAAAAGCUUCUUCCUAGCAGCCGGGGCUCAAGACAACUUAGGCUGGCCUUUUGGCCCCGCCCCUUUGCCUUUGGCCCCGCCCACCACAGAAUGCAGCUGUCGGGAGCUUCUCCGGAACAGAAUGAGGGUCGCCAUGUCCGGUAUUGUUAGGACCAUCCGCCCCAGCCUGGUGCUCCCCAGGUGCGUUGGACCACAACUUUCCCAGGAGCAUCCGCAAUAGCAAAUUGUAGUCACGAGGAAACAUAAACUUCAUUUCCGCUUUUAAGGGAAUAAGUAUGACUGUACUUUGCCUUAACAGAAUUGCUUGGCUCUGUGUUAUAGAGGUUUCCCCUCCUCCCUCCCUCCUGCCUUUUAAAAAAGUGCUUUUCUUUUUAUUUGAUUUUUUAAAUGCUUUAACAGCAGUCAACAGGGGAGAUACUGGAAAGCGGAGCAUCUCCUCAUUUGCUCGUUCUAUUUGUACAAUGGUCGGCUUUUAAAAAAUUAACCUCUGCA